UCGAUAGAAGUUGUACGAGCGCUCGAUUAUGUCACUUCGUCGCUCUCUUCGGAUACCCGUCUACCUGGCGUUCGUCGUCGCUAUCGCGGCGGUCGCUAUUGACGUCGGCACAGAUGAGUGCGACAAGACGAAAUGUCGGGGUCCGUUGGAGUAUUACAGAGUGCUAGGUUGUGAGCCGGUGUACGACAUAGAGAACGAUUGCUGCCCGAUAAAGUACAACUGCGACCGCGUGAGAGCGCAAGCUAAGAACAAAUGUUACGUCAACGGUAAGGAAUACGACGUAGGCGAGAAGCUCAAGCCCGAGGACUCGAAUCCUUGCGAUUUCGACUGCGCCUGCCAAGAAUACAACGGAAUCGCGUCGUUCAUCUGUGCCGGCACUGAUUGCGCUUUCGCACCUUUAGAACCUAAUUGUUUCCGACGACCCAAUCCGUCACUAUGUUGCGGUGGAAAUGAAAAAGUUUGUCUCGACAAUCUUGAGAAACGAGCUACUUGCGUUGUAGACGGAAUUACGUAUAAGGAUGGCGAAUAUUUCGAUGUAAAGAAUGAAACGGAUAAGACGUGCGUUUGCCGACCAGGUUACGAAGGCGAAAACGUCGAACCUUUCUGCUACAAGCAUAAUCGUCCGUAUUGCAGUCCCGGAUUUUACUAUUCCAACGUUAUUCAUGAAAAUUGCGCUCCUAUAUUUUAUAACGAUCAACCGCCCCAAACCAGCUGCAGCUUGAUUACGAGAUGCCAAGAAGAAAACGACACUGUCAUUCACAAGCACGAUUUAAAAUCUGGAGAAGUUCUGGACGAGGAGAACGUGUGUUUGUUUGGCAACCUGACGAUGCAUCUUGGCGACGAGAUUAGCCAGAGCUUGCAAUAUUUCUGCAUUAAGUGCGUAUGCGAAGUGCCGCCGAUUCCUACCUGCCAACAUUUACCGCCCAAAGAAUGCAAUUACGUGGAUUACAUCCUGAGCGAAGGGAUUAGUGGUAGUACGUAACAGACACACUGACACAUUCAAGCAAAGCUUGAAGUCUAUCCCGGCACAUUGACACAGAUAAAGAAGUCAGGAAUGCGCGGGUCGAGCGAGACAGUUCGGCAACGCAGACAGGUUAACGAAGUUACCUGAGUUUUCUCUGUCUAACUCUAUUCCCAUCGUUGAACAUCGAACACUUCGAACACCAAAUGAUGUACAUAAUAUCAUAUGGUACAAGUACGAUUUUUAAAUAAAGUAAUAUAUUCUCUCUUGACAAAG